AUGAGGAGACUUCCAGAUUGUCCUAGAGCCAAUGAUAGAAUCGCUUGUUCAUUAGGUUAUGACUCAUCCUCAGAUGAUGACAAAGUCCUAAGUAUUCACAAAUCUCUUAUAGGCGAUCGUGUAGCCAGAACUGUGCUCCAAUUAUGUUCACUGAAAAGGGAUUCCUCCUGGAGAAAAAUUCUGGAUCUCCCAGGCAUGAAAUUCAGCGUACGUGGUGGUUACGACUUCUUCAACGGAGCAUUCUAUUGGAUUGAAAACAACAUUGCCAGCUAUUCAGAAUGGGAUGGACCUCUUGUGAUUGCUUCAUUUGAUAUAAAGGAAGAAAAAUUUAAAGAGCUUGAACUAUCACCACCAAUUAGGUAUUCAGAUCAAUUAACUGUAUUCAAUGUAUCUGUAUUAGGGGAAAAGAUUUGUCUGUACAGCAUAUGCUCGGAUGACUAUUUUGAUCUAUGGGUGAUAGAAGAAUAUAGUGUUAUGAAGGAAAUGCUUAGCAUUCGCUUAAUGAGAUUCGGCAGUACAUAG